ACUCGGAGCAGUUGUGUCAGUAAAUUUAGUUCAAACAUAGUUUGAAUUAAGUCUGUGUGAUUAAAUAAAUAAUAAAAGAAUAAAAACAAGUAAAAGAUUUCUUCAAUUUUUGAAUGUCUUUGCUAGACUUUGGAACGGAGAUGAUUGAUAGUAAAUCGAAGGAAAAAAUGCAUUAUAAAGUGCAUUUCCAUGUGCUGCUGUUUUGUGUGAUGUUCAUGCAGAUAUUUACAUCCUCGGCAAUACCAUGUGAUUCGUGCGGAAAUGAGUGUGCCAGUGCUUGUGGAACGAAGCAUUUCAGGACCUGUUGCUUUAACUACUUACGUAAACGUACCGAUCCGAAUGCCAUGAAAAUGAUAACAAAUAAACGGCUGAUCGAUUUCAUAAUGUUACAAGGACGUGCCAUGUACACCCAGAAUGAAUUGAGUCACGAAAGGCGACAGCAGCAACAACGGGAAAUGGAACAGCAACAACGAGAACAAGAUCGAUUUUUCUCGAGGACCCUGGUACCACUGAAUUCCGAACGCCACAAUAAUACAUUACUCUUUGAAGAUUUACAAGCCUACUACGACUAAAUGCAUAUCGAAAGGACGCCACCUAUCAAUUCCCCCAUACGACGAUGCUGCAAAUGAUUAUGAUGAAAAUUCCUCUUUGAUGACAACGCACCCGGAUAAUGACGACCAUGUUGAUGCUAAUGCUGAGAUGUUUCCUGCAUACCCAUACCCACACACAUACUCAUGUUAAACGAUUUUGUACAAAUAUUUUUAGGUGCAACACGCCGCUAAUGUUCCCAUCAAACAAAAAAAAAAAAA